CAAGGCGAGUCCCGAGUCAGACGUGACCGCCUCUUGAAUCUGAUUGGCUGUCGGAUCAAAGCGCAGUCAUGUGACAAACCGCCAAACGAAACAGAAGCCGGAAGAACACAAACAGGUCCAAGAUGACAGCGGCUCUCCUGUGUUUCCUCCUGGCGGGUCCGGUGCUGCUGGUUGCUGGCAGCCCAGUUUAUACCUCCAACAAUGGGACCGUACCACUGGUGCUGUGGCAUGGGAUGGGCGACAGCUGUUGCAACCCGCUCAGCAUGGGGUCGAUAAAGAAGAUGAUCGAGGAGGAGAUCUCUGGCGUGUACGUGCUCUCGCUGAUGAUCGGGAAGAAUGUCGUCCAGGACACGGAAAAUGGCUUUUUCAUGGACGUGAAUGAGCAGGUGUCCGCGGCGUGCAGUCAGCUGGCCCGGGACCCCGAGUUGAAGGGAGGGUACAACGCCAUGGGCUUCUCCCAGGGGGCACAGUUUCUGAGAGCCGUGGCUCAGCGCUGUCCCUCUCCACCAAUGAAAAACCUGAUCUCCGUCGGGGGCCAGCACCAAGGAGUGUACGGGCUGCCCAGGUGUCCCGGAGAGAGUUCCCACAUCUGCGACAUGAUACGCAAAGCUCUGAACAGUGGCGCUUACACCGACUUGGUUCAGAAACACCUAGUGCAGGCCCAGUACUGGCACGACCCCUUAAACGACGACCUGUACAAGAAGCACAGCCUCUUCCUGGCCGACAUCAACCAGGAGAGGGUCGUAAACGAGACGUACAGGAAGAAUCUUCAGCUGCUGGAAAAGUUUGUCAUGGUCAAGUUCCUGCAGGACUCGGUCGUGGAUCCCGUUGAUACCGAGUGGUUCGGCUUCCUGAAAAGCGGUCAGGCCAAAGAGACUGAAACUCUGCAGGAGAGCGCGCUCUACAAAGAGGACCGCCUGGGCCUGGCAGCGAUGGACGCAGCUGGGAAGCUGGAGUUUCUGUCGAGCGAAGGAGACCACCUGCAGUUCACCACAGAGUGGUUCAACGCAAACCUGCUGCCUUAUUUGCACUAAAACUCAAAAUAAAUAUUAUAGACUUAAACCAUUUGGCGCCAGGUGCAACAAUGUCAGUCUAUAAUAAAAAAGCCCAAUAACCGGAGCAGGGCUACAGAAAGCAUUCAUUCCUUUUGCACUGAUCACUUGUAGCGCAUUGUCAUGGUAACUUUAGCAGCCAAUUAGUUUCACUGCAUUGCUCACUUGUAUUUCUACUGUUCUCAUGAGAUCACACGUUGAAUUGGGAUGUUUUUUUUUUUUUUUUUAAAUAUACAUUUUGUUCUAAUGUACAUCACUUUGGAGUUUUUCCUGAUCCGAUGUGAGGUCAAAGGUCAGGGAUGUCGUACGCGUACAGAUUGUAACGCCCUAGGAGGCAAAUUUGUCAUUUUGAGCUAUACGAAAUAAACUGAAUUGAAUGCCUCUGUACAUAUUACAUUUUAAUCCAAUAAAGACAAACUCUUUUUAUUGCAA